AUGUUAGGGGAGUUUUACUUUUCUGGUGCUGGUUACUUGUGGUCAUAUGUUACUACUUACUACUUGGAUCCUGAAGGAUUUGCACAUGAGCUUGUUACCCAUUUCAAGAGCACUCUAAAGUCUCUCUAUGCAAGGGGUGCAAGAAAGUUCUUGAUAAACAAUGUCGGCCCAAUUGGUUGCAUUCCAAACAAAAGAAACCGUGUUACCAAUGAUUGCAACGAAGAGAAGAGCCAUGGCGCUGAAGUGUAUAAUGGAAAGCUUGAGCUAGCACUGAGGGAGCUGGCCAAGGAGUUUGAGGCAACAUUUGUUCUAGCCAAUAGCCAGGAGAUAUUCAAAGAGUUUCUUAAAAACCCUUUCAAAUUUCGUCUGAAAUACUCAUCAAAAUUUGGAAGGGUUUUUAAGAAACUCUUAGAAUAUCUCCUGGCUAUUGGCUAG